GGAUACCACAAGAAGGCAGGAUCGAAUUAGAGUUGUCUGAAUGUCUUUUCUACCAUCUAGUAGUGGUCGUCAGAAUAUUUGGAGCAAGGAUCUGGUGGUAGCCCUAAAAAUGGGUUUGCUGCGAUCUUCUUUUGAUUCCAUUUGUGCCAUUUCUCCAUAAUAACUAAUGGCAAAUCAGCGGAGCACUUCUAGCAUGUUAAUUUUUAAUAUUGACUUUACCGUGUUAAAAGUACAUUGUAAAAAAAAAAAACCUAGACAUAAACUGUUUCAACUCCUACCCUAAAAAUGAUGCUAUAGAGCACUGCACAUAGACAACUAGACACAAGAACAUUUUUUUCCUGAACACCAUCACUCUGCUAAACAAAUAAUUCCCUCAAGACUGUCAAACUAGUUACUAAGUCUGCAUUACUAUUAAUCUUUUCAUCGUUCCUAUCAUCCAUCUCCUCCCACGUAUGACUGUAACCUUGUUGCUGGUAUCCUUAAGAUUUAUAGUGACUGUUUCCCUAUGACUAUCAUUAAGUGUUAUACCUUAUGAUUCUUGACGAAUGUAUCUUUUCUUUUAGGUAUUCCGAGAGCAUAUGCACCAAGAAAAAUUCCUUGGGUGUCCAAUCACACUUGGCCAAUAAAGCUAUUCUAUUCUAUUCUAUUCUAUUCUAUUCUAUUCUAUUCUAUUCUAUUCUAUCAAUUUUAAGACUUAAACUACAAUUCUUAACUUUCUCAACUAAUUUGAGAUCAAUAUCCAUUGAAAUACAAUGGGACUUUAUUCUAUGCAGACAUUCAAUCUAUCAGUAUACUGUACCAUGACAGCUAAUAUUAAAUAUAUUUGCAUACAAGUUUCCUACUACAGAAACAGUUAUUCUUUUUAAUUUUAAUUAAUUUUCUUAAUUUAAUGCAGACUUAGGGCUAUCUUAGUUGGACAGUUCUUGACAAAGGGAAUCCAAUACAUAAUUAAACCAUAAUUAAACAUAUCCUGUCAUCAUUACAGUGUAGAUAUCACUUGCAGAAUGGCCAUCAAGUCCUUGGAAAAAAUAUCCAGAUAUUGUAAUGUGUCUAUAGCUGUCAGAAAUAUUCAAGUCACAAUAUUCCCUGUGAUACUCGAAGCAAAAGUUGUACUUUGAAGAAGCAAGACAGGAAGAGUAUUGAAGCUUUUGAACUUUGGUGUUGGAGAAGACUCCUGAAAAUACCAAGGAUAGCCAAGAAACAAAUGGAUCAUCAAAUAAAUCAAUCCAAAGUUCACACUUGAAAAAGAAAUAGCCAGGUUCAAAAGAACUGGAGAAGACUCUAAUAAUGGAAAUGGUGGAAGGAAAGAAGAAGAAAACAGCAGCAAGCUCCAUCAGAAACCGCUAGCAAGAGCAAGGACUGGUGCAAUGGAGAAACAAGGAGUGCAUCGUCUAAAGCUGAGCAGGCUGACAUACCUGCAGAGAUUGUCUACCCUGAAUAAUAUGAUACUGACUUAGCAUCAGUAGAAGAAGGUAUAGAAAAGAAGGAGCAAUGUCAGAAGAGGUGGCUAACGAGACACAUUUUCCUCUGAAGACAGCAGCUUUAAGAGUAUUUGAUCUUCCACUCUCCUGGUAUAAUUCACUGAUACAGGUUAAAAUCUCACCAGGGCUAAAGAAACUAUUUGCGAUAACAGCAGUAAGUGCCAUAACUGUGCUUUUUCUUGCCCAUCACUUCAAAAGAAAACGUGGGAAGAAAACCAGGAAACUAUCUCCAUGGGAAUCAGACCAUCUGAUAUUCGAUUAUGCAAAAACUUCUGGGUCAGAGAAAAAUUCUAGUUGUUCCAGUAGCAAACAAAAUCUAACACUUUCACUGAAUUCCAUCAAAGAAAAAGGUUUUCAGACUUACAUCCAUGCCAGUGGUGAUCUCUUCAAUAAAUAUUCAGGUUCCGUGCAGAGUUUGGCCUCAGCCCACAGUGCCAUCUCUUGUCCUAGUUGUGUUUGCGUGAAUUCUAAUUCCUGGGAUAAAACAGAUGAAGAUAAUAUGAAGCUAGUCAAUAUUCCAGUAACUACUCCAGAAAAUUUAUACUUAAUGGGGAUGGAGCUAUUUGAAGAAGCACUACAACGAUGGGAACAGGCAUUGACUUUUCGUAACAGACAAGUUGAGGAUGAAGCCAGCUGUGGUGCCAUCAAGCUUGGAGCAGGUGAUGCUAUUGCAGAAGAACAGAUAGAGGAUAUCAUUAGUGCAGAGUUUAUACAUAAGCUUGAACUUUUGCUCCAGAGAGCUUACCGCCUUCAGGAAGAAUUUGAAGCCUCCCUUGGAGCAUCUGACCCAGCAUCUUUUGCCAAUGAGGCUGGUAAUCAAAUGGAUAAUACUAUGAAAGAUAUUACAGAUGAAUUCAGUAUGCGAGAUACAAUAAGCAUUGGAUCAACAGAUUCAUUUGUUUCAGCUGCUGAGCUUACAGAACACAAAGAGAGCCGAAACUAUUAUCACCUGGAUUCACUUUGCCACUGCCCAUUAUAUGAAGAAGCUUUGCGCAUGGCAGAAGAAGGCAAGAUUUAUUCACGUGUCUUAAGGACUGAAAUGUUGGAAUGUUUGGGAGACAGUGACUUCCUUGCUAAGCUCCACUGUAUUCGGCAAGCUUUUCAGGUCAUUCUUUCAGACUCUGCAAAUCGAAUAUUUAUUGCUGAAAGUGGCAGAAGAAUUUUAUGUGCUUUAAUUUUGAGAGCAAGAAAGAACCCAAAGAAAUUUGAGGAAGUAUUUGAUGAAAUGAUCUCUUUUUUAGAACAAGCAGAUCAAUGGAUUCAUACUGAAAUGGAGUUGGCUGCUUAUGGGGUGAAACACUUAAACUUUUAUGAUGUUGUUUUGGACUUCAUAUUAAUGGAUUCUUUUGAAGACUUAGAGAACCCACCCAUGUCUAUACAGAAUAUAGUUAAUAACCACUGGUUGAACUCCUCCUUCAAAGAAACUGCUGUGGCUUCAAGUUGUUGGUCAGUCCUGAAGCAAAAAAAGCAACAAAUGAAAGUUCCUGAUGGUUUCUUUGCACAUUUCUAUGCUGUUUGUGAACAUAUUAGCCCUGUUCUGGCAUGGGGAUUUUUAGGUCCUAGAAAUUCACUGAAUGAAUUAUGCAGCUACUUCAAGAAUCAGAUUCUUUAUUUCCUGAAAGAUAUUUUUGACUUUGAAAAAGUGCGAUACUCAUCACUGGAUAAUUUAGCUGAAGAUCUUCUGCAAUUGCUAAUCCGGCACACUAAUCUUUUAUUGGUCUACUUUGGAGUAAAUGGAUGUCAACACCCAACAGCAAGUGACCUUUUAGAGGCAAAAGUACAAUAAAUUUCUGUUUUUAUUCUUCAUAUGAGCAUAUUUUUGCCUUUUUCUCCAACAAGGAAAUUUAAUAUUGUUUCUUUCAGAGCAAGUACCCCAAAAUCAACAAUAUUGUCAAAUGUGGCCUCAGGGAGGUUUAAAAAUAUACAUAUCAUUGCUUAAAUUAUUGCUGUACAUAUCAUUUAAAAUGAUAUUUCAAUUGUCCUUGGAUUUAUACGUAACAUAUAUUUUUAAACUAUUACAUAAAUAUUAUUUGUGGGGGAUAAAUACAUUGUUCAGAUCUCUUUGUAAUGAAAGUGAUACAAAAAUACAUGUUAUAGUAAAUAAGUUCCUCCCAGGUUUACAAUGUAUAAAUUAGGUAGUACAAAGCUUUCAAAAGCUCUGCCUGGUGAUGUAUUUGCCAAGAUUUGCACCUUUUUUGUCUUAACUAAUGUGCAAUAAAAAAAAAACCAUAUAUGGUGACAAAUGAUAUAGUUUUUGUGUGUAUAAGCUAUAAUUUAUAGUGUAGCAACUGUAUCAAUGCAUUUGACCUUGGGACAAUAUUCUGUGAGCACUGUUGUAAAAUUUAAGAGUUAAUAUUAAAUUUUUAUGUAAAUUAUGAUGUUUUACGUUGGUUGUAUUGCAUAAAAUCAGAGUCUGAUGAACCCUCAGCAAUUGUUUUGAGUAGUUAAUAAUCUCUACCAUAUUUAUUUAUUUAGUAAAUUUAUAGAUUGCUAAAUAUAUAGAUAACUCUCUGCAGAGCUUUUAAUUUUUUAUACAUACUAUAAAUAAGUUCUUGUCUAAUUGAAUCUAUUAUUUAAAGUAUAUUUUUAAGGGAAAGAUAUAUAUUAAAAAUAAUAAAAUGGUGCAAGGGUAAAUACAUGUUCCAUUACAAUUUUAAAUACGUGUUUGUCUCUUUUUAAAACAACAGGGAUGCCAAAAAAUACCUUUAAGGUCUAGUUUGUGUGUCAUGUAUAGAUGUAUUUUGUUUGAUCAUGGUUUAUUGUAUUAUCCAUAAUAUGAAGCUGUAAGAUAUGGUUUGUUAAGCACAAUGACCAGAUUCACACACUACACCAAUCCUCAAUCAUUCCACAUUUUUAUUUAGAUUUGGAAGGAUAAAUGAGCCUAAAGGGAUGCUGUGCUUGCUCUCUUAAACAGCACUAAUCCUAGCUUUCAGCCAGAAAAUUUAAGCCUAGCUAUUGUCUGUUUUGCCCAGCUUCAUAUAUGCAUAGUGUAAGAGUUUAGCCUUUAAAUUAUAGAAGUUUAUUGGAUUGGAUUUUCAAGAAAUCCCUUGCCCAGUUCUGCCUUGCACUUCUAGUCUCUGUCCAUUCUCUGUCACAAAAAUUAAACAGUUGAUUUGAAACUUAUCAAGCAUUGAGAUACCCUAUCAAUUGAGUGUGUUCUCUGUGUUUAUUAUUUUAUAUAUUUUUAUUACAUAAACUUAGUGAUAAUAUUCCCUUGCAUGAAGAAACAGUUAAUGCUACCCAGUCAGCACGUAAAAGUACUAAGAUACUAUAGCUGUUCAAAAAUUGUGAAUAUAUGAUACAGGAAAAUUCAUUUGAGUCUUUAUAUUAUGUAAUACUGUACAUAUUAAUAUUUUUAAUAUUCUUUUUCUGUCUAUGCAAAAGCAAAUCAGGAUAAGUCAAUCUCUUUUUCCAACUGUAGCAAUUAGAAGACCAUUCCUUUUGCAAAAAUGUAAAAUGUGCAUUUAUUGUAAGCUGCCCAGAGUCACAUAAAAAUGACAU